AUGGGUUCAUCCUCGAAGAAAUCUAAAAUAAUGCAAAAAAUUGACACUGAUUCGGAUGAAUACGACGAUGUUAUGUCCGACGAAGAGGUUAAUAACGAUAGCGAAAUGGAGGAGGAAGAGGAAGUAGAAGAAGAUGAAGAUGAUGGAACAGACGGGGAAGAAGAAGAUGAAGAUGAAGGAGAAGAUGAGGGAGAGGAUGAUGGAACAGACGAGGAAGAAGAAGAUGGGACAGUAAAGAAAAGUGAGUGGAACCAUGAUGAGAUGGAAGAACUUGAGAAACAGUAUAGGGAUCUUCAUCAUCAGGAGCAGCAGCUAAACAUUUUGAAGAACUUGAAGCACCAUAAGGAUGAAGAUCUUCUUAAAGGACAAGCUGCGAAAACUCAGAAGGCCCUCUGGUACAAAAUUCUCGAGCUUAGAUUCUUACUUCAGAAGCCAUUCUCAAGUUCUAACAGGCUACCCGAGGAAUCAGUAAAAGCUUCAUUCUGUGAAUCAGAUGAGACAGUUAGAGUUGCAUAUGCAGAUUUGAUUACUUCGUCCAAGGAGACUUUGAAUUCUAUGUUGGAACUGCAAGAGGCUCUGAUUGCAAAGAAUCCGUCAGUAACCCAAGCUAUUAAUGGUUCAGAAAAGUCAUCAAAAGAUCUAGAAGUUUCUUAUGAUAUGGAUGACAAUCUUGAUCAAGAGUGGUCACAAGUUUCUCGGAUGCACAACAGUAUAGCAUCUUUCAGAGACAAGUCUAUCAACAAAUGGCAGAGGAAGACACAAGUGACAUCCGGUGCUGCUGCAAUUAAAGGCAAACAUGCUUUUAAUCAGGAUAUCAGCAAUCAAGUUGCUGGCUAUAUGAGAGAUCCUAGUAGAAUGGUCAAGCAGAUGCAACUGAGUAGAUCAGCUGUUAACGUAUUUGGAUCCGUUUCAAAGAUUAGUCAAAGCUCUGAUGAAGCAGUAAGACAUGCUGACGGUGAUCCUGAACUGCUGGACGAUUCUGAAUUUUAUCAGCAGUUAUUGAAAGAAUUUUUCGAGACAGUUGAUCCUACAUCAUCUGAGAAGGCAUUUUAUGCUUUGAAAAGGAUGCAAACAAAAAAGAGAAAAAUUGUUGAUCGUCGUGCCUCAAAAAGUCGCAAGAUAAGGUAUAAUGUUCAUGAAAAGAUAGUAAACUUCAUGGCUCCUCAACCUGCGAAUAUUCCUCCCAUGGCCCCAAUGCUAUUUGAGAAUCUGUUUGGAUUGAAGACUCAAAGAUCAUCUGCUGCAGCAUCAUAA